AUGAGGUCGUUUGUUUUUUGGCGUGGCGUACGAUAUCAUGCCACCUUUCCUAGCUAUGGGCGGCCAACUGCCUAUGGAGAAUGUGGAGUUGAUAACAAGGUGCCAUUUUCCCGUAGAGUGCCCCUUGCCUCUUCGAUGAAUCUCUCUGUCACUACUUCAAAUGAUAUUCGUGCGGAAUUUCUGUCUUUCUUCAGGGAUAGGGGUCACGCCUUAGUCGCUCCCUCGUCAGUCUAUCCUAGACAUCAAGAAGGUGCCUAUUUUGUCAAUGCCGGUAUGAGUCAGUUUAAGCCCUUAUUUAUGAGGAGCCGGGAAGGUAAUGGUAGCCACGGCUCGGAAUUCUUCUGUCUUAACAAGGCAGCAAACUCACAGCCCUGCAUUCGCAUUGGCGGCCGCCAUGGUGAUCUAAAUGAGGUAGGGUACGAUACUUCUCACCAUACGAUGUUUGAAAUGCUUGGAAAUUGGUCAUUCGGCUCCUAUGGAAAGGAAGUCGCCUGUCGUCAGAUGUGGCGAUUUCUGACAGGAGUCCUCGGUUUACCCUCGUCGUGCCUUUACGUCACCUACUUUGGCGGCAGUGAUGCGCUCGGCCUACCCGCUGAUGAUGAGACUCGAGACAUAUGGCUUAGUCUUGGUGUAAGCGAUCAGAAAUUAUUGGCAUUUGGAGCAGAGUCGAACUUCUGGCGUGCGGAUAAAGCCAGUGGAGGCGGCCUUUGCGGUCCCUCGACGGAGAUUCAUGUGGACUUCGCCGCACUUUCCGGUCGCAGAGAUCUCAAUUGUGCGCGUUGCAUGGUGAACAGCGGCGGGGCACGAGUAGUCGAGCUUUGGAACUGUGUCUUCAUUACCCAUCGGAUGGUCGAAGAGACCGAUUUUCGGAGUACACUUCUUCCCCUCUCCUGUCUUUCCGUUGACACUGGUAUGGGCCUUGAACGACUGGCCUCCGUUAUGCAGGGUACAAUGACCACGUACGACACAGAUGUGUUCAUGCCUCUCUUGGCCUUUAUCCAUUCGGAGGCGCUGCGGAUCACGGGUUAUACAAUGCCAUCCUACAGCAGUUACUACAUGCUCCCCGUGGAAUCAGAAGAGGAAUCAUCCGGCAAAGGGAAAGCUGAAUCAGAUCCCUCAAUUGUCAGGCGCACUAAACCCAGCAGGCUCUCUAAUUUGCUACGUACCUUUAACCUUGGUUCCAAGGAGUCUGGUAAACAGGCUGAAACGACUCAUUCGACUGGGACAAGCGCAACUCCGAUAGACUACGAGACUCUACACCGUGACGUGGCUUACCGGCUUGUAGCGGAUCACAGUCGAGCUCUUAGCCUUGCCCUGCGGGAUGGUCUGCUGCCGGGCAGACAGGGUGUGGGAUUGAAGCUGCGUCAUCUCGUCUGUCGGGCCACCCGAGCCGCCGUUCUCACUGGUCUUGACUCCGUUACAAAACCGUCUCUUUUACAACGCGUCAUUACUCAAAUUCCUCCCGCUGCUCAAUUCCCACCCGACAUCGAAGGCCCUUUAGCUCGUCCCUCUGCACCAGUUCUUUCUACAGAACAGAUAAGUGACGUUAUUAAAAAGGAAGUGAACCGAUUUAUUCCUCGACUCAGUAAGCUUGAAGACGCUUUCAACAACUGCCUUCGUGACGCUGACGAAUUGGGUUCGUUGUCAGAUCGGCAAGUGGAGGGGCUUCAGAUAGGACGCUAUGGAGAACCGGUUAGUUGGGACAUGAUCUGUGCUCAGGCUCGGUGGUAUGGUUUAAAGAUUCCAUCUGGACCGCCCCAGCCGAAGCCCGGUAGGCGAUCAUCGGCACCACCCUCAUCGUUGCCAUCGGUGGGCAACCUUAACCGGCUGCGCACGCUCCUCAAGGGCCUCCUUACUACUCAGGAUCACAACAAAUACCAAAUUGAACGGGUGCUUCGAGCGACAUCUUCAUCACCCGGCUGCGGCUCAUCAUACACUUACGAAGUCCCUCCACUGAAGGCGAAACUGGUUGCUCUCAUUCAUGGUGACUCCGAUAAUCUUCAGGUGGUGAUCGACCCCAUGCAUUUUACCAAGGUUCUCUCCUCGCACCAUUCAGACGGAAAGCGACUAGGAUUGGUUUUUGACCAAUCCAACUUUUUUAGUCCUUGUGGGGGACAAAUCAGUGAUGUUGGGGUUAUUAAGGCGACGACAAAUCAAAAACCCUUAUUUAGUGUGCUAUAUACUGAGAAGAUAUUUGAAAACAACUCAGCUUUAUCCAGUGAUGGUUGGGUGAUUCAUUGGGUGACACCCGGUGAUUUUGUUGAAGGGAACAUUCCAACAGAUUCGCUCUACCUUUGUCCAGAUUCGGAUCGCCGUUUCAGAAUAAUGAGAAGCCACACGGCACAGCAUCUCUUGCAUUGGGCAUUCGAAGAUGAGUUAGCCUCAAUAGAGUUUCCCAGUAGAAGUACCGAGCAAGCAAGUCCCAGCCAACAGCCCACUUUUCAUCAUGGAGGGCAUGUAGAGCCUGAUCGCUGCUCGGUUUAUCUUACCCUUAUUGAAACGCCGGAGAAAUUGGAGACACUCGUUGAAAAUGUUCAGGCGCGCUGUCGCGCUGCGAUUGAGGCCAAAUUGCCAAUUGUUUGCCAGGAAGUUGAACUGGAACAAGUUACUGAGAAACCAUAUGUAAAGCGGUUCACUUGGGAGAUUUACCCUCCGACAGUUCGUGUGGUUUGCGUUGGAGGCGACAUGGAGACAAUCGAAGAAAAAAGCAACGGUCCUUCGGCUUUUUACUCGGCCGAGUUGUGUGGAGGGACGCAUCUACGCCAGAUAGAGGAUCUUGUGGAUGUUAUCAUUGUUGGACUGCAGUGCCGCAACCAAUCAAUCAAGAAGUUUGUGGCUAUAUCGGGAGAGAGCGCAGCUAGGUCAAGAGACUAUGGAGAACGUAUGCUUUCGCAAAUAUCUACCGAAUCGGAGGCCCUUAAAACAGAUAGUCAAGAGGCGAAGGGCUCAAUACCUCGGCUUCUUGACUGCGCCGAGCGCCUCAUCGCUCUCAUGUCGCAAGUGGAUUUGGUCUUGGGUGGGCUGGAGGAGAACCUGUCGUACCUUCACCGCAGUGCUCUGACGCGUUGUCAGAAGCGUUUAUCGGCUCUGCUUGGAGGUAUCAAGGACUCCAUGCGGGACUGCGCCUCCAUCCCUGCCCACGUGGACCCCCUCAUGAUCGCACAACUCGAGCGCCUUUUCAAAGGGGGCCAAACUGGCGGUAAAAGCUCUGCUUUCUUUGGAGCCUUCAAUAUUAGCAAUUUCGAAAAGGCUAAAGGAAAGGCAGUUGAGUGGGCGACAGCAACGACGGGACGGUUAGAUUUCGGUAACCGUAACCUAAGCAUUCGCGUGGAGGACUUCAGAAAGGAAAGUUUGGGCGUUGGCGCAGAUCACUUUGCAGUCGUGCGACUCUUCUCUCUCAGGGAUCAACGCCAGCGCGACUGGAAGCCCUACUUUGAUAAACUAGUGCACUUGACCGCCGCAUCAUGA